CAUUCCUUUCUUCACAUUUUCCCCUCUCUCUCUCUCUCUCUCUCUAUUUCAAUUCCCAAACACCAUUUUCCCAAUCUUUUCACACACAAAAUCAGGCAACUAAAAAAGACAAGAAUUUAAUUUUCUUUCUCUAAGAAAAGGAGAAAAAGGACUAGAGAAAUCAAUGGAAAACAGCCCGCAGCAGCCGUCCACAAAAGCAUCAAGAUUCAAGAGGAUAUGCGUGUUCUGUGGCAGCAGCCCCGGGAAGAAUCCCAGUUAUCAGCUUGCUGCCAUUCAGCUCGGAAAGCAACUGGUUGAGAGGAACAUAGACUUGGUUUAUGGAGGUGGAAGCAUUGGAUUGAUGGGUCUGGUCUCUCAGGCUGUGUAUAAUGGUGGCCGCCACGUGUUAGGGGUGAUUCCCAGAACUCUAAUGCCCAGAGAGAUCACUGGAGAGCCUGUUGGAGAAGUGAGAGCAGUUUCUGGCAUGCACCAAAGGAAGGCAGAGAUGGCCAGGCAGGCUGAUGCAUUUAUAGCAUUGCCUGGUGGGUACGGUACAUUGGAGGAACUGUUAGAGGUCAUCACUUGGGCUCAACUUGGAAUCCACGACAAACCGGUGGGUUUACUGAAUGUAGAUGGGUACUACAACUCAUUGCUGUCGUUCAUCGACAAGGCUGUGGAUGAGGGUUUCAUUACGCCUUCUGCCCGUCACAUUAUUGUAUCUGCCCAAACUGCCCAUGAACUUAUGUCCAAGCUUGAGGAAUAUGUUCCGGAACACAAUGGGGUGGCACCAAAAUUGAGUUGGGAGAUGGAGCAACAACUUGGGUACACCACAAGAUCAGAUAUUGCUCGUUGCUAGUCUACAUUAAACUUUCAAGUAUUUAAUUAGGCCAAGUAAAUACAGACAGGAAUUUUAUGACACAAGCCGGGCAAUGGUACCGUACAUAGAAAGCUAAUUAAUGUUGUCUAGGCAGUAGGCCCCAAGAGAUGAUAUAUAUAGCUAAUAUUGAUUCAGCUCUGGAUUUUAGUUACAUAAAUUUAUGCCUAAUCUUCCCUUCAUUUUAUGUCUAUUUUUAGUCCUAAUUCAAUCUAUUUUAUUUAUUUUGGAACA